CUCGCAGUUGGGGUUGCUUGAAAGUAUGGGAUGCGUUUGGUUUAUUGUUACACUUUGCCUAGCUGGAGACUGUGGGUUACUGGAGUGACUGUGCUGCAGCAUCUUCUCCAUUAAAUGCUACAAGUCUGAACAGGAUAUAAUAUGAACCAGACUUGUUGGAAGUGUUUCUCACUUGACCAUGUAGAAGUAAUUCAGUAGCCUGCCGCUGAAGAAGUGAUCGUAUUAUUGCAUGUUAUUCCCUGAGGACAGAAUGGGUUAUGUUUUAUUUUUUCUUGUUGAUUCCUUGAGAAUUUAAAACUUGGCAUCCCGCAUAAAAAUUAUCUUGGCUUAGAAGAUAAUUGUGUGGAGUAUAAGCAGCUUUUCUAAAAGCUGGUAAAGAAAUGGACAGCAUUCUGUAUGGUAUGAGUAUUUUUAUAAGUGAUUGGAAAACAACUGUGCCUUCUGAGGCCCUGCUUUUCAAGUUGGAGCAAGUAUUUGUAUUUAUCAAAGUUCAUGAAUGUUUGAGAGGGCACUGGAGAUAAUGGGAUACUUUUAUGGUGCUUUACAGUGCUCCUCUUGAGAUCUCUUUUAGGGAAUAUAGUCUGAGUUGCAUGAUCCAGGAACAUUAGACAUUGACUGCUUUUGCUGAACACGUGAUACUCCACUUGAAUGCUUUACUGCUUGCAUAAAAUGAGAAUGUGCUGCAGGAUCAUGCCCAAGUGUUGCUAUGAAAUCUGCCUUUUUUCCCUCUGUUGGAAGGUGAUCAGCUUUGUGCAGGUCAUUUAAAUCCAUUUUUGGGUGAUAGCUUUCCCCUUAGGGAAAUGACUGGGGUUUUGUGUGACAGAAUUGUUAACCAAGCUUGAAUUUUCCAUGCCUUGUGAUUGAGAGAGCUUGUGCUCUGUGAGCUCAGUUUUCUGUGCCUGCCAUUCAUCAGUGUUACGGAUUGUAAAAGCUGCCACUUCAAUGCUGCUCUUUUGGUACCCAGACUUAUCUGUGCAAAUGUUGUGGUGGAGCUGUGGAAACAAGGUCUUCGAGGUCUCAUGGGGUCUUGCAGCAGCCAGAACACACGGAAAACAGGAAAGGGAAGAAAGGUGAUUAUCAGAGUGCUACAAAAUAUAUUAGAAACAGAAAAUGAAUAUUCUAAGGAGCUACAGACAAUGCUUUCGAACUACCUGCGACCAUUACAAGCCAGUGAAAAGUUAAACUCGACAAACACUUCAUACUUAAUGGGAAAUCUGGAAGAAAUAAGUUCUUUUCAGCAGAUGCUUGUACAGUCUUUAGAAGAAUGCACCAAGUUGCCUGAAGCUCAGCAGAGGGUUGGAGGAUGUUUUCUAAAUUUGAUGUCACAAAUGAAAAGCUUAUACCUUGCCUACUGUGCCAAUCAUCCAUCAGCAGUAAAUGUUCUCACAGAACAUAGUGAGGAGCUAGGAGAAUUCAUGGAGGUGAAAGGUGCCAACAGUCCUGGGAUCCUUGUACUGACCACAGGCCUCAGCAAACCUUUUAUGCGUCUGGAUAAAUACCCCACGUUACUCAAAGAGCUUGAAAGGCACAUGGAGGAUUAUCAUCCAGAUCGUCCAGAUAUUCAAAAAUCCAUGACAGCCUUCAAAAACCUUUCUGCACAAUGUCAAGAAGUACGGAAACGGAAAGAACUUGAACUACAAAUAUUAACAGAAGCAAUCCGCUGUUGGGAGGGGGAAGAUAUUAAAACACUUGGCAAUGUGAUCUACAUGUCCCAGGUCAUGAUUCAGUGUGCUGGAAGUGAGGAAAAGAAUGAAAGGUAUCUUCUUCUCUUCCCUAACAUUUUGUUAAUGUUGUCUGCCAGCCCAAGAAUGAGUGGGUUCAUUUAUCAGGGGAAGCUACCAAUGACUGGAAUGACUAUCACAAAGCUAGAAGACAGUGAAAACCAUAAAAAUGCAUUUGAAAUAUCAGGAACUAUGAUUGAAAGGAUAUUAGUGUCAUGUAACAACCAACAAGAUUUGCAUGAGUGGGUUGAUCACCUGCAGAAACAAACCAAAGUCACAACUGUUGGGAAUCCCACCAUUAAACCUCAUUCUGUGCCAUCUCACACACUUCCUUCCCAUCCAGUGACACCCUCCAGCAAGCACUCGGACAGCAAGCAGAUACCACUGACUCCUGCAUAUCACACUCUCCCUCAUCCGUCACAUCAUGGGACUCCACAUACCACGAUAAACUGGGGACCUCUGGAACCUCCUAAAACACCCAAGCCCUGGAGUCUGAGCUGUUUACGGCCCGCACCUCCACUACGGCCUUCAGCAGCACUUUGUUACAAAGAGGAUCUAAGUAAGAGCCCUAAAACCAUGAAAAAGCUGCUUCCCAAACGCAAGCCAGAACGGAAGCCAUCAGAUGAAGAAUUUGCACUGAGAAAAAGUACUGCUGCUUUAGAAGAAGAUGCUCAAAUUCUUAAAGUCAUUGAAGCAUAUUGCACAAGUGCCAAAACACGUCAAACACUAAACUCAACAUGGCAAGGCACUGACCUGAUGCAUAAUCACGUCUUGGCUGAUGAUGACCAAUCAAGUCUAGACUCCUUGGGUCGUCGCAGUAGUCUUUCUCGUUUGGAGCCUUCAGACCUCUCAGAAGACUCUGACUAUGACAGUAUAUGGACAGCCCAUAGUUACAGAAUGGGGUCUACAUCUCGUUCCCGCAAAGAAUCAGCUCCUCAAGUCCUGCUUCCAGAAGAAGAGAAAAUCAUUGUAGAAGAAACUAAAAGUAAUGGUCAGACUGUUAUAGAAGAGAAAAGCCUUGUUGACACAGUAUAUGCAUUAAAGGAUGAAGUACAGGAGUUAAGACAGGACAACAAAAAGAUGAAGAAAUCAUUAGAAGAAGAACAAAGAGCUCGCAAGGACUUGGAGAAGCUUGUUAGAAAAGUUCUAAAGAACAUGAAUGAUCCAUCUUGGGAUGAAACCAAUUUAUAACUAUUUUUUUUCUUUCUAUUGAAAGACCAGUUGUAAAACUGAGCUGGGAAGCCUUCUGACAUUAGUCAGUGUUGCAUCAAGAGCACUACAAAACAGGAUUUAACUGGAUCUGGUGAUUUCUUGCUCUGAACAUAUAGAAACAGUCAAGCCAUUCACUGAAGCAAUCUGUACACUAGGUGUUGGAGACUGUGGAUCCUGAACUCUACUAAACUUAAUUUGUUUGCAUCUAAAUUACCUCAUUUUGCAGAAAGUGCAGCAUCUGACUAAAAGUCCAUGUUUUUCAGUGGCUUUUUAAUUAAAUAUAUAUAUUUUUCUUGUAAAUAUCUGUAAUUUUGAAUGCAUAUGUGGUUGGUAUAUCAGGGCUGAUAUGUUGUUUUUUUCCUUCUUGUUCUUACAACGGUCACAAGUGUUAGAAAGGUGGCAGUACUGUCUUAGCUAAGAAGGGUCAGAGUUCUUUGUGGCUAAUUAUGGAUUUGCUCCAGAAUGCUCACUCGUCACACAUGCAAAUUUAAAAACUUGUUUUUCCUAUUGACCAGUGUAUUUAAAUCCUUUCCUGUUAUUUAUCUCUGCACAUACGUUUGAAGCAGUUUACAAUUGCUUAGAAACAGUAUUAAACUACAGGAAAUCGUUUAUUGAUGGUGGAAACAAAAUUUAACGACACUAAUGCCCACGAUUUAUGUUCAUGUACUUUCAUUUGGCAGACUAAUCUGUUGUGCUUUGGCCACCAGAAGACUGAUGUACUUGCCUGCUUUUUGACUGUGAUUUUUAGGUGUUUAUGUACUACUUUUUUGUUGUUGUUGUGCUUAAGCAUACAGCUGGCUGGUAAUUUAAUGGAUCAUACAGUUUGUUAAAGCAAAAAAAAAAAAAAAAUCAAUCUAAUCCAUAAUUUUGUGAAUAAAUUGUUGCUAUUUAUUUUUUAUGGUCACAACAAUUAAAUUCUAGCUAACUUUUUUUUUUUUUUUUUUUGCAUAAGGUGCAUGGGCCAGGGCAAACUU